UAAUUCCUUCCUGCUUCAUCGAUUCCUUCUCCAUUGAGGAAAGGAUGUCUCUGGUGUAGAUUGGAUCAGGGGAAGGAUUUUAAGUCCAUACUCGCGCAUGCGUGAAGAUCUUUAAGGUAGGAGGAUGGAGACGGAGAUAGAAGCGCAACCAAACCAUGGAACCGGCGAUGGCCGUGGUUCAACCCUUGGCAGAGUCCGACGUCCUGUUACUCUCAAGUUCGAAGAUGUGGUGUACAAGAUCAAGACCAAGGGGAAGGGGAAAGCAAAGGAGGGCGAGAGGGUGAUCCUGAAGGGAGUCUCGGGUGCAGUGUCGCCGGGGGAGAUGCUGGCCAUGCUCGGCCCCUCGGGAAGUGGGAAGACGACCUUGCUGACCGUGCUCGGCGGCCGCAUUGGCCGCACCCGCCUCCUCACAGGUAGCAUCACCUACAACGGAAAGCCCUUCACCAACUCGCUCAAGCGCAGAACGGGCUUCGUCACGCAGGACGACGUCCUCUACCCGCACCUCACCGUCACGGAGACCCUCGUCUACACCGCGCUCCUCCGCCUUCCCAGCACCCUCUCUCGGCAGGAGAAGGUCGCGCAGGCGGAAGCCGUCAUGGCGCAGCUCGGCCUCACCGCGUGCCGCAGCAGCAUCAUUGGCGGCCCUCUCGUGCGCGGGGUGUCCGGCGGGGAGCGCAAGCGAGUCAGCAUCGGCCAGGAGAUGCUCAUCGACCCGAGCCUGCUUUUCCUCGACGAACCAACCUCCGGACUCGACUCCACCAUCGCCGGACGAAUUGUGUCCACCCUGUGGGAUCUCACCAAGGGAGGCAAGACGGUGAUCAUGACCAUCCACCAGCCCUCGAGUCGUCUUUUCUAUAUGUUCCACAAGGUCCUGCUCCUAUCGGAUGGUAACUCAAUUUACUUCGGCAAAGGUUCCGAUGCCAUGGACUACUUCGCCAGCGUCGGCUACGCUCCGACUGUGCCCAUGAAUCCUGCUGACUUCCUGCUCGACCUCGCCAACGGUGUAUCUUCGGAUGAAACAUCAGAAGAUAGAGCAUCCACCAAAGAAGCUCUAGUGUCUGCUUAUAGAUUACAUUUACAUGAUAAGGUGUCAGAGGAGGUUUUAGCUUUGAGCAAACAAUUCAAGGAGUGUGAGCCCGACAAUAUUGAAACUCAGUGGUGCACCAGUUGGUGGGAACAGUUCACUGUGCUGCUGCAGAGGGAUCUCAAGGAAAGAAAGCAUGAGUCCUUCUCUGGGCUAAAGAUCUCGCAAGUGCUCGUAGUAGCUCUUCUUGCAGGGUUCCUGUGGCUUCACUCAGGCGGCUACGUCCAGGAUCAGGUCGGCCUUCUUUUCUUCGUCGCUUCAUUCUGGUCAUUCUACCCAGUGUUCGAAGCCAUAUUUACCUUCCCGCAAGAGCGCACGAUGCUGACAAAGGAGAGAUCCUCUGGAAUGUAUAGGCUGUCAUCGUACUUCGCCGCUAGAUUGGUGGGCGACCUGCCCAUGGAACUCAUCCUUCCUAUCAUCUUCAUCACCAUCACGUACUGGAUGGGUGGCCUAAAACCUGUUGCUGUAAACUUCUUCAUGAACCUUGCCGUCUUGCUCCUGUGCGUGCUGGUGGCGCAGGGCAUGGGACUUGCACUGGGGGCGCUCGUCAUGGACCUCAAGACUGCCACCACGCUCGGCUCCAUUCUCAUGUUAUCCUUCAUGCUCGCCGGCGGAUUCUACGUCCAGAACAUCCCACCUUUUAUUGAGUGGAUCAAGUACAUCUCCCUCAGCUACUACACCUUCAAGCUCCAGAUAGCUUCACAGUACUCUCCCAAUGACACGUACCAGUGCACUCCCAGUAUGAGAUGCCAGAUUGCAGAUUUCCCCUCCAUCAAGCUAGUGGGUUUCGACCACAAAGCUUUGGCCGUGUUUGCCUUGCUGCUGAUGCUCGUCUUGUACAGGCUUGCUGCUUAUCUGGGCCUCAUGAGGGUUGGUGUCACAAAUUAGCAAAAGCUCCCUGCAGAUGACUCCGCUUGUUCUAUUACUUCCUUUCAGCAGUAGUUGCAGCAGCAGCAGUAGCAGAAUAAAGC